AUGGCUACCAGAUCCAAAGUAAAAGCAAAGGCGAAAGCACAACCUGAAUCACCUCCACAACAAGAACUGCCAAAGAAAGAAUGGGGCACAAAGAUGGUUAAAGGCGUCAACUAUAGAGCUGCGUGUCAAGGAGCUUUAGUCUACGGAGCUUAUGAGAAGCUUACUAAGGAGUUUCUUGGAACAGUCAGAGUUGCUUUUGAGGAUGUCAAGUCACCGAAAACCGCGAUAUUAUAUUUUCGCAUUGGUGACACAGAGUACUCUAUCACGAUUCGAGAUCUUUGCAAGCCUUUGGUUUCAGUAAUAAGGACAAGAUUCGGUUCACACACUGCAAAAGUACUUGCUCUAAAUGGACAAAAUUUGCAUAUGAUACCUACGAAGAUACUAUCACAAUCAAAGAAGAUUGAUCUUGCUUUCCUUGGGCGUAAGCACUACUUGGGAGGAUGGGUUGAUAACCCUCUACAACUUGCUUACCGCUUCACAGCAUCUUAUGAAAAUGAGCAAAUAUCUUUGUUAUCCAGCCAGCAUCUUCCAUCGAUUAAGUCGAACAGUACACCAUUUCCGCCUUCAGAAAGUUCCUUCUAUGUAGCUACUAGCAACAGACCGCUAAGCAAAUAUUACACAAAGAAGCGAAAGUCAAUGCAAAUUGACACCAAUAGGCUGGAGAACAACCAAGCACGCCUUGACAGGAAACUAGCAUGUCAGGGUUUGAUCAUCACUAAACUGACGCGCGCCGUGAAGAACGAUACGAGUCUCAACCUUGCUUCUAGUCUCAAGUUGCAUGACCUUGACACAAAUGAUAUCACUAGUGAACCACUAGCUCCAGCUACGCCAGCAACUCCUAAUGACGACGAGUCGGCUUCCUCUGAUGACGAGAUUGAAAGAUUCGACCAUGAAGUCGGGCUUGGCGAAAUCCUUGCAAACAAUGCAUCCGAGCUUUUGAUCAUGUGCUCCACGGAGGAGGAUGUUGGGUUGGUGAGGUUGAAAAGGAAACGACGUGGGCAUAAGUCAGCAGAAGUCUUUGUGGGCUUCAAAGCUUUGGGUAAAGGACAGGAGGGAGGGCAAAGGAGGCUUGGGCUUGGCCCAAACCGAAGACCCAUUAGGUUUAGCCAGGUUCUUCUCUUCCUCACCAAAAGCGGCGGUGGCACAACUGAAUGCAACAUUCUGGUGACCGAAUUGAGGGCUUCUAAGACUAAAACGACCACAUCGAGAGGUGCGAGUGAUGAAUCUCGGUCUGCAGAAGAAGAUUCUUUUGUGAUUUGAAGCCUCCACAGUUUCCACGUCGAGGCCGAGCUCUCAUCCAUUGAGGACCAAAGAGUUGCUGAUCUUGACUUUAAGGAAAGCCGAGGAGAGGGAUCCACGAGAAUCGCGAACAAGGUAAGAGAAGAGCUAAUACCAGAUGGGAGUAGUUUCGAAGGUUGUGCGGUAAUGAAGCUUUAUGGAUCUAAUAGGAGGGAAAAGAGACGAAACAACACGAAACAAAAAACAGAGAAACCGAUGAGAGAGCUUAUGGGAGGAAACCGGUGAGAAGAAGCUAGCUCCUGGCACCGACGAGCUAACGCUCUACCGGUGCCAGAAAAAAUUGAUGAAAAGGCUGUCUCAAAAAUCACGUCUGGGAGAGAAGCUCUUGAAUCUUCCUAUCUAUUUAGAAAUAGGAAGUAAUGCUUAAUUAAGAUGUAGAAGCCGAGUAUUUCCUUACAUCUAUAGGAGAUCUAUUCAACAUGGACUCAGUUAGUUUUUUUUCUUUUUUGGGUAUUAAUUAUAUUGUUGUUAUUUUGUGAGCUAAUUUUUCUUCUUUCUUUCUUUUUUGUGUGUGAAUAUCUUUUAGUCGUCUGCGUUUUUUUCUCUAAUUU